CGCAAGACCACAUGUCCCAUGUUUAGCUAUAUGUGGACGCUGCGCUGAUCCAGCUUACAUAGACACAAAGUCGAAGCCGUAUAUCUGCCCUGUCUGCUCCAAAGGCUUUGCCCGGAUAGACUUGCUCAAACGUCAUGUAGCAAAUCACGACACAGAGCCCGCCAACAAGCGACAAAAGCGCGGUAUCUCGCGCGACACGAGAGUGGUCCAGGCGUGCGAGGCCUGUUCGCAAAGCCAUCUUCG